CCGCUUUUACCCACACGUAGGGCUUGAGUGACGUGGUACGCAUGUCUUCUGCAGUGCGCGCACAGCCUGGCAAUGCAGAGCGCGUAGUGCAUUCGGGGAGGUCAUGUUGGAAGCUGGACAACAUAAUAGCGAAAUUUGUAUUAUCCUUAAAAAUAAACUGAAUUCAUCGUCAAGGACGCGGACUAUUGCGGACAAUCGAGGAGUGAUCAUUCUGUAUUUUGUUGACGGAGUCCAGAGAGCAUAGUUUGGAUGCCCAGAAAGCAGCUCCUCAAGGUUUCAUCAUGAAUAAAAACAAGCGAGGAGAAGAGAGGGAGCUCUACAGUUUAGAUGUCGGAGAUUCCACCUUCACUGUUCUGAAAUGCUACCAGAAUCUAAGGCCCAUCGGCUCAGGAGCACAAGGAAUCGUCUGUUCAGCGUAUGACCACAACCUUGAGAGAAAUGUGGCUAUUAAGAAGUUAAGUCGGCCUUUCCAGAACCAGACGCAUGCCAAGAGAGCGUACAGAGAACUGGUGUUAAUGAAAUGUGUCAAUCACAAAAAUAUCAUUGGCCUAAUAAACGUAUUCAGCCCACAAAAAUCAUUAGAAGAAUUUGCAGAUGUAUACAUUGUGAUGGAGCUGAUGGAUGCCAACUUGUGCCAGGUGAUUCAGAUGGAGCUGGAUCAUGAGAGGUUGUCCUACCUGCUCUACCAGAUGCUGUGUGGCAUCAAACACCUCCACGCUGCCGGCAUCAUACACAGGGAUCUAAAGCCCAGUAACAUUGUCGUGAAGUCAGACUGUACGUUGAAGAUCUUGGACUUUGGCUUGGCUCGGACGGCGGCAACAGGUCUGCUGAUGACCCCCUACGUAGUGACCAGAUACUACAGAGCACCAGAGGUCAUACUGGGGAUGGGCUACCAGGCCAACGUGGACAUAUGGUCUGUGGGAUGUAUUCUGGCAGAAAUGAUCCGCCACAAAAUCCUGUUCCCAGGAAGGGACUACAUUGACCAGUGGAACAAGGUGAUAGAGCAGCUUGGGACUCCGCCACAGGAGUUCCUGAUGAAGCUCAACCAAUCAGUGAGGACGUACGUAGAGAACAGGCCGCGUUACGCAGGAUACAGCUUUGACAAACUCUUCCCUGACGUCCUCUUCCCUGCAGACUCAGAGCACAACAAACUGAAAGCGAGCCAGGCCAGAGACCUGCUGUCUAAGAUGUUGGUGAUCGACUCGUCUAAGAGGAUCUCUGUGGACGAGGCCCUGAAACACCCCUAUAUCAACGUGUGGUACGACCCAGCAGAAGUGGAGGCCCCCCCUCCGAAGAUCACAGACAAGCAGCUGGAUGAGCGAGAGCAUACGGUGGAGGAGUGGAAAGACCUGAUCUGGAAGGAGGUGUAUGAGUGGGACGAUUGGACCAAGCAGAAUGGCGUGAUCAGAGGACAACCUCUUUUAGCACAGGUGCAGCAGUGAUUGACAGCUCCCCUCAGCACCCCUCGUCCUCCUCCUCAGGCAAUGACGUAUCCUCCAUGUCGACUGACCCCAGUGACCCUAGUGAACCCACCAUGACCUCUGACACGGACAGCAGCCUGGACAGCCACACCUCCCUGGGAGCACUGGCCUGCUGCAGAUAACAUGCACACACACACACACUUCUGUCACAGUAUAUAGUUUAAAACACUUAAAGGGGCAAUCUGCGAUGGCUACAUUUUUUUCUGCCUUUUUAUUGAAUGAUAUAUACCAAUUGAUUCUUGAAGAAUAUAAUUUAUAAAUGCUUUUACUCCAUUGUUUGUAAACAAACUCUGUAUAGUCUCAAAACAUGAUUACAUUGUGUUUCCUCCAUUGUUUGUAAACAAUGUAAUUGUAAACAAACACUGUGUAUAGCCUCAAAACAUGGUUAAAAUUAUACUUUUGAUACUGUAUCAUGGAUGGUCAGUCCUUGCAUCCAUAGCUUUGUUUACGAAUUUCAGAGCGAUUACAUUUCUCUAGCCCCAACCCUAAGUUGCUUACCAAAAACAGUGGUGGGGUGACUGCUUUAUUGUUGUUUAAACUACAGAUUGCCUCUUUAAGAGUCCGUAAUAAAAUAAAAAUGUUUUUAUUUAUUUUGUAAAUUCACAGCUUCUUUCAUUUGCUAUGUCCCCUAUAUCAGGCAUUGCCGAUUGUGUACAUGCUGUAAAUUACUAUAUUUAUUUAUUUUCUUGUUAGCUUCUGUCCCACCAAGCUGUGUAUGUCUAUGCUGUAAAUGAUAGUGGUUCAAAUCUCACAGUGGAUGGAACUUUUUCCCCUUUUCCCUAUUAGAAAGUGUUUUCUUACAAACACACACUUAUUUUCUAUUAUAAACUGGGUUGUUCGAGCCCUGAAUGCUGAUUGACUGACAGCUUUGUUAUAUGAGACCGUAUACCACGGGUAUGACAAAACAUUUAUUUUGCAUUAAAUUAAACCAUUAAAUCACCUGGCCCAAAUACCUUUGUCACUUAGCCAUCUUUGUUGCUUUGUUUCUUCAACCAGUGGCCCAUCCCACUUGGCUCUAACCCUUCAAUGUUUGCAGAUCUUUAGGUUUUGGAUAGGUAUGUACAGGUCUGCAAACAUCAAAGGGUUGGGGCCAAGGGGAAGGGACAAAGGCUGCUUAUGUUUUAUUGGCGGGGCCAGGAGUCUUUCCUCAGGUCACAGGACCAGGAAAAACUCCCAGCCCCAUUGAUUUGAUUUAAGUGCUCUUACAGUUCAGGGAUUUUUGAAAGUCGGGACAAUCCUUAACCGGCAGAUAAACUUUAUUUUUAAUGUUUAUUUUGUUGUAUUAUUUGAUCCUAAAAAUUACAUUUAGGGGAAUUUUAUGAGGUGAAAGAUUUGCUUUUGGAAUUUUCUAAAUAUUUUCAAUAUUACAAAUUUCCAUGUUGGCUCUAUGCCUGGAAAUGUCCUUUUCUGGAGCCAAGGGGGGCAAUUUCAAACUCUCCAAAAAAGUGUUUAAAAUUCUUAAAACGGCAAUAAUGAAUAUUAACUGAAAAGGGAUCUUAGGUAGUUUUUUGCAUUAGUCCUCUGACUUAAAGGAAUAUUUCUCUCAAAACUGUGAUUCCUAAAAGAAAUUGUCAGGAGAUUUGAUGAACUCUGUCAGAUUUGUCUACAAUCAUAAAUUAAUCAAGAAUGAUCCGGGUCAGCUACACCUCAUGAACCUUUUCUUAUUGUCCUCAUUACAUAUAGUGCAACAAAACAACUCAUGGUCUGCAAAGUGAUCUACUUUUGAUAGAUUUAAAGAAACAAUAUUGAAAUCAAAGUCCGUCACAUUUUUGUCUAACGUCAACACCGUCAGAGUGCUGAAAUAUAUGAUAUAAUGGUUAUAUUUUUAUUGGGAAUUUUCAAAUAAAUAAUUUUCUAUAUUUUACAAAUGUUUGUAUUGAAGUUUUAUUUUUAAAUGCAAAAA